AUGGAAUGGGUGGAUCUAAGCCUUGGUGGUCUUCUUGGGGGACUUGGUCGCCUUCUUGGGAGACUUGGGCUCCUUGCCCUCCUUCUCCGCGGUCCUCUUGGGGAGCAGCACCGGGUUGAUCUUGGGGAUCACGCCGCCGUGCGCGAUGGUGACGCCGGCCAGCAGCUUUCCGAGCUCCUCGUCGUUCCGGACGGCGAGCAGCAGGUGGCGCGGGAUGAUGCGGCUCUUCUUGUUGUCCUUGGCGGCGUUCCCGGCGAGCUCCAGAAGCUCGGCGGCGAGGUACUCGAGGACGGCGGCGAGGUAUACGGGGGCGCCGGUGCCGACGCGCUGGGCGUAGCGGCCCUUUCUUCCUGGGGCCGCCGGCCUUGCGCCCGGCCGCGCCCUUCUUCCCCUUCGCUGCAGCGCCUGAGGCCUCCAUUGCUGACGACGGCGCUUUUGAAGAAGAGCUGGAAAGGGGCAGAGAGAUUUGAUGGUGGUGGAUUGCGGGGUGGGUUGGUGAGAAUGGAGCAGAGGAGGCAGAGUACUUAA